AUUCGCGUGCGCACCAACAUUGCAUGGGCUCUCAACUGCGAAGCUGAAUUUCAACAAGAUAAAUCCACAUCGUAGAAUUUCACAUUAGCGUGGUAGGUGUCUUCAUUCAAAAAUUUCUAAAAACAACACCUGAAGCUGGAACAUUACCAACGCCAACCGCCCAACCUCAAAUAUGCCCGCCUCUCAAGACAAGGUGUCUUCCGAAGACAAGUUGCUCGAGGAUUUCCAGGGCUUUUUCAUCGAGGAGACAGACCCGCAAAUUGCCGAAAAACGCAAGGAGGUGUUGAAAACGCUAAGAGAAAAUGACGUGGAGUCGUUUCCGUCAGACUUGACUGUAAUCACGGCGUUUGAUGAGGCUUUGCAGUGCUUUUCGAUAGGAGGGCAGGUGAGAAACUACUACAGAUAUGGAACGUACUCGCUUUGCGAGGCGGCGAGGGAGAAAAUGUGGUUUGCGUUCAAAAACGGCGCCAUCACCAACCACCAAGAAACGGACGUCGAUGCAGUGGCGAACAACCCGAAGGAGCUACAAAGAAGAAAAACCGUGCAGGAAUACUACAAGCAGAAGCUAAUGGAGAAGAAGAUGAAAGGCAGCUCCGAGGACAUCUGGGAUAAGAGAAAGACCCUCUUGAAGAACCCGUUCAAGGAGUAAAGUACAUAGUUGUGAUGCCACAAACCAGGGGAAAACGGCGAUGAAAUGAACGUAUCUGUGCAUUUGAUAGUGAUGAGCGUGGUGCAACACCAGACGAACUGAACGAUUCUACGUAGGCACGAGCCCAGCGGCAAGACGCGCUUGGCACGGCCACCAGGAGGCGAGUGUGUGCCCCAUUAUCUUUUCCUUUGAUCCCAAUUAUAAUUAACGCGCGGGCACGGGGAUGCACUCACAUGACCACACAGCUCUUUUUCUCGGGCUCGUUGUCGUUCAGGCCCUUUGGCUUUGCAUUGAGCGCACACCGGGCAGCUUCCGAAAACGCCUCGUUGACCCCCCGGUUCUUUUUGGCCGAGCACUCUAGGUACCGCAAGGCUCCGACUUUCUUGGCCACGCUGAGCCCGUCCUCGUACGGCACCAAUCUCCG